GGAGGCCUCACGACCAAAAUUCCGAACGCCUCAGCAUCCACGGCAUCACCACGUUCAAGAUCUCCGACUCCCGUCUUCGGUAACUCCCACUUCCUCCACCAUCUCGCAUCUCCAUGCCUCCCUCAUUGCAGACGCCACGCUCCGAUACCCGCGCCCUUAGAAACGUCACGCCGCCCUCGCCCUCGCUGUCGCUGUCGCCGUCCAGCGUCGACGCCGUCUCCCCAGCGGAGGGUGCGCCUUUCGCCGGACCGCCUACACCACCCACAACCGCCGACGGCAAGGGUUCCGCGCAGGCACGCAUUGUCAUCGAGUACUUGCGCGAUCUCCAAUACGGCCGACGGCGAGCGAGCGAGAGCGGGCGGGCGUGCAAUCGUUUCGAGCUUGCCGCCGGCGAGUACGAAGAGGUCCUGCGGCGGCUGGAACGAGAUGUUGAGCUGCGCGGCUUUGUCGAGGACAAGGUGCGAUACGACUAUCACGGGCAAGGGGGUAGACUGGAGAUCCGGAUGGUUAGCGCGGCACACGAAUCGUUCCGCGCGGGUUUAAAGAACGAGAUCGUCGCCUGGCUCAACGAGGUCGAGCAGAAGGAGGGGACACGCGAUGAUAUGAAGGAGUUUGUCAAGGAGGUUCGCAAGGACACCGGGUCGCCAACGUACGAGUUUCCGCCGGGGAAAAAGCUCGUUACAUACACGCCCGACAUUGUCUUCCGCCACCGCCGCGACGCCUUACCCAGCGUCAUCAUCGAAGUCGCCUACAGCCGGUCAGGAAAAGCGCUGCGUCGGCUCGCCUACAACUAUCUCAUGGAGUCCAACACGAGCGUGCAGGUAGUAGUAGGCAUCGACAUCAAGCAACGUUCGAGUCGCAAGGCCACCUUCUCCGUGUGGCGCAUCAAGGUCGACGACAGCACCAAGGAGCUGAUACUGGACACACAGGUUCACGACCGAGAGUUCCGCGGUGAAGAUGGGAAGCCUAUGGACCACAGCCCGCUCACCCUGGCGCUCCGCGACUUCGCGACCAAACGAACGGCCGACCAGAUGCUCACGGGCGACGCCUGCGAAGACGUACAUUUCUCGAUCCCGAUGGCGCGCCUCUGUGCGCUCCUCAGCACAGCAGAGAAGGACCAGGCGGACACGGAUGAGGCCAAGACAGGUGGCGCCUCUCUCGCGAUGGACGAACUGCCGAAAGGGUUCAGGAAGCGCCCUCUGUCCGAGUCUCCGCCCCCUCAGCUUGGGGCCGAGGCUGAGGCCGCGAUCCGGAAGGACGAGGAGCGUGCGGCGGAGCGUGUGAACCGCGGAGAUCGGGCAUAUUCAGCCAGGGUUUCGAAAGAGCUUCCUCAGCGCGAGUCUCACUCCCGCGACGCGAAGAAGCGAGCACCAGCACCUUCUGGAUGAGCGUUUGUUGCUCGUAGCGACGAGAACUCCCACCGCAAGCACCACUACCACUAAUAUCUCAACAACACGCCUCAGUCAGAGCACCGGAACUGGCGCGCGUGGAA